UCUCUGUAGCCAUGGUACUGAUGCUUUACUUAGGAAGAGAGAGAGGGGGCAUUUCAAACAUGGAGAGACUAAACAAAAGGAGGAGAAGUGUGGGAGAGAUGGGUGGGGUCGGCAUAUUUUACUCCGAGGCUCUCGAGCGCAUUUUACCAAACUUCAUGAUUACCAUCCCUCAAUUACUCCCCUCUUGUCCCACCACGACUUUCGGUCGCCUUUCCUUUUUUCCCUCCCUUUAUCACAUUCCCAUUGUCCGUUUGUUCGUCUAUCUGCACUUCCCAUCACUCCCAUUUGCUCUGAUUCAAGGGCAUUCUAUACAUAACUCCUUUUUAACCAAAUCUUGCUGCUCUAAUAAUGAAAUUAGGGUUUCUUGGAGUUGAUGUAUGCAUCAUGCAUGGGGGGGCACUAGUGAGCGGCAAGAGUCUACAAAACCGGUCUUUCAAUUUCAUCACGACUUGGUGGUGUGGUAUGAUUGGAUCAUGAAGCAAGCUCGUGGGUCUCUACCUUCACCACUUCAUCUCUCUCUCUAAUUUAAAAUUGCUUGGAAAGCAUUAGAAUAAAGUGGAGGGUGAGAAAGAAGCCUCUUCUCGUGACCCCCACCAAACCAAUGGGGACAAACAGGAGUCUGUUUUUGAACAAAAAAGAAUGGAACCAACACGUACUAAAAGGAGGCAAAAGGCACGAGAAAGCUGGUCACUCCUCCCUCUUCCCUUUCUUUCAAAACACCACCACGUCAGAAGCAUUUCCCUCAAAGUAACCAAAGCACGCAGCCCAUCGAGCACAAGAUCUGAGGAAACAGAUAAUUCAUCCGUAGAAGAAGAAGGAGGAGGAGGCGGAAAAGAGAGAGCAAGACUACUUGGCCUUGGCCAUGAAAGGCAAAGAGACUCACAAAGUAGCUCAGUCAACAGAUCUGCUAGUAUGCUUCCCCUCGCGGGCACACCUGACGUUGAUGCAGAAGCCCAUCUGCAGCCCGGCUAGGCCGUCUUCGGAGACGAGCAAGUCCUCUCGCCGCCGUCACCACCAGAGCCGCCAACAAAUCAAGAGGCCGAGCACGAGGCUCGGCCAAGCGAGCCCUCUCUUAUGGGCCAAGAACAAGCAAAUGGGGCCCGAGAUGGCGGAGCCGACCUCGCCCAAAGUGACCUGCGCCGGGCAGAUCAAGGUCCGGCCCAAGGCUGCCGCCGCCGCGGGCGCGGCUUGCAAGAGCUGGCAGACCGUGAUGGAAGAGAUUGAGAGAAUUCACAACAGCAGGAACAAGGUGCAGAAGAAGAGGCCUGGCUGGAUGGAAUCUCUGGGGCUCAAGAAAGAGAUCAUGCAGUUCUUGACAUGCUUGAGGAGCAUAAGGUUUGACCUCAGGUGCUUUGGCUCUUUCCCUGAAUCGGAGGCCACUAGUGAUGGUGAGGCCGGGGAGGAUAAUUAUGAGUACCCUUUGGGUGCGGAUGGAAUUGAUGGAAAAGAGACUUCGAGGACAAUUUUCUCCAAGUGGUUCAUGGUGUUGCAAGAAAACCAGAGCAACGUGUUCAGAGAAGAGAGGAGAGAAAAGGAGAGGUCUUUGGUCGAUGCACCGCCAACUGCUCCUCCACCAAAUGCUCUCUUGCUAAUGAGGUGUAGAUCCGCUCCUGCAAAAAGCUGGUUACGAGAAAAAGAAGAAGAAGAUCAUGAUGAGGGCGAGGAAAAGGAGGAAAAAGAAGAAGAAGAAAAGGGAAAGAGAGAGAGGAUGAAGAAAUUGAGUAUAUUGAUAGAAGAGGAGAAGAGAGAGCAAGAAGAGCAGAGGGAGAGGACAGAAAAGAUGGCGGUGACGAGAUAUGGCACUGAUCUCCGCAAAGGCUCAUCUGACGUUACAAGAGAAACAUGGCUUAGUGGUGGGGCGAGAGAUAUGCUGCUGUCAAGGAGCAUAAGCUGGAAGAGGUGAGGUAUGCGAACAAGAAUGGCAACACUUUUUUCUUGUCUAGUGGCUCUGUUUUUUCUGCAAUCUACUUUGUCACAGUCACACUUUUUUUUCCAUUCAGUCUUUCUUACCCUGUAAAUUACAUUUCUGAUGUGGUCGAGUUUUCCAAUAAUCAGUUCUUCCAGUGAUCCAUUCUCUUGGUUGUAGAUUGAGUUUUGGGGAUAUACAAGCUCUGUUUUUAGUUG